AUGAGUAAUAAAUGCAUUUAUUUAUUUUAAAUCUAAGUUUUAAACAAUUAUUCAUUAAAAAGUUUAAAGGUGUUCUUAAAAAUUGCAAAACUAAUACUCAAUCAUGCUAAAUACUUUAUUGAAUUUUUUGAAUUUAGAAGAAUAGUCUUACAAAUAGCUGAUAGACCGCUAUUUCAGAUUAAAUUUUAUUAAGAAAUUAUAUACUUGAUCAGAUAAAUGCAUAAUCAAUAAAAUAGUCCUAAUAAAUGUCCCUAAUUAGCAAUUAGAUUUAGCAAAGAAUUAUUAGCCUAUCAAAAAGUGAUUGGAACAUUCUUGAAAUCUAGUUUUUUAUUUUAAAAUAUCAGAAUAGUAUUAACGCCGAUUAAAAAAGAAGAUAAAGUACGCUUUAAUAAAGGACUUAUUUAAAGCAUAUAAACAAUGUCUAUUAAUUAUAAAAAAAUCAAGAGAAAUCCACUAAAAAAUGUAAACAAAUAAUCUCAGCAUUCGCUUCUGAAUGUAAUUUUUAAUAACUCUAAUUAGCGUUAAAGAGAUUAUACAUGA